AUGUCGAAGUCUAUACCUCUUCUACCGAAUAAUCUUCAUCACAAGGAUUACUGGACAAGUACUGGUGUCAAGAGCUGGUCCAUUGAGUCUUUCGACCUGUACUGGAUUCAGCAAAAUCCCCGCCUAUGUAAAAAAAUUAGUCGGGCUCACACCUCUCUGGGCAAGGAGUUGGAUCUUCUUUUUCAGUCAUCAGAUCAACAAGUUGUGGAAAAAGCACAAUUGCUAAAAAGGCAGCUUAAGAAUGGAUCAUCAACAAUUGAUAACAUCAUAUGGAAUAGAAGUGAGGAGAUUGUAAAUUCUCAUGUUUGUUUGACUUACAGUGAAUUUCUGGCAAAGAUCAAUAUAAAGACAAAUAUUGUUGACAAUAUUACAAAUUCUGAGGAAAGAAAAAGGAAACAUCAUAAUGAUUAUGAUGUCUCAUUUGAUAAGUUCAUUGACAGAAGUUCUGAAGAAAAGGAAACAGGGAAAACAGCAGUGAAGGAGAGCUGCAAUGAUAAACUUGUAGAGAUGGCUCUUGGUACAAGAAAUUUGAAGAACAUCAAGGGUGAUGAAGAUGAGAGCAGUGACAUUGAGUCUAAGAAUCAAAAUGACAAUGAUGUUCCUGCCUCCAGCAACAAUGGCCUUGAGAAGGUUGAGGAUGGUGAAAACAUAGAUAUUGACCUAGAAAGCAUUGUGGAUGAGCUGCAGUGCACACCAAAGGAUGUGUGGUAUGUUGGCACAGUGAAUGUGACAGAAAGAUUCCGGUGGUAUCAAGAAGAGGUGAUAAAGAAGGCAAAAAGUGAAGGCUUAACAUAUAAAAACAUUUAUGAAGUCCUAGCUUUGUCAUCAGUAAUAGUUUUUUGUUGGCCAUGUCCUUAUCCAGUAUUUACCAACCAAGAAUGGUUAGAGAUAACAAAGAGCAAUCCUUACACUCUAAAUGAGCUGCCACUUCUGCCAGAGAUUUCAAACCAUCUUAUCAAUGGAACCCGUAGACAUCUUGCCAACAAAGACACUUUCCUGGAUGGUGGGAAACCUGGAUUAAGUGGGAAAAUUGCAUGCCUGUUCAAUGGCCUAUACAACAGUCUUCCAGCAGUUGCACCAUUAAAAAUAUCAGAGGUGGAGCACUGCUAUAGGUUUCUUUACCCAAUUACCUGUCCAUUCUUUCUUGGCCCCCAAAAGGAAUAUAAAAUGUUGCUGAAUUAUUCCACAGGAGACUCAAGAAAGAGGCUUGGCUUUGCCUGUGUGGUGAAUGAUAUACCAAUUUUGAUCUCAGAGAUCAAACCACUUGGAUAUACACCACUACAACAAAAAAAGGACAACUUGAAGGUACAAUUGCAAGCCAGAAAAUCUAUUAAUCAGCAAUUGUUGACAAAGGGUGGUCCGGGUGAAGCAGCUAUUUUUGUAAAUAUGGGCACACUGAUGGAAUCAUACUUCAUGGACCUGAAAUAUGAUGGACUCUACCGCUCAUGGCCAUUUCUUACAACCAGAUUAGUGACUGACAGAACUACAAUCCCAUUGAUGGAAUUUGCUAUCAGUCAUUUGAUGGCUUUAGAGGAACAAGUUGGAAAAAUUGCAAUGAACUAUAAAUACCGAGCAACAAAUUCACACAUCUGCACAGAUGAGCUUCAUGCAUGA